CUAAGCAUAAAAUAAAGCCGAAGAUGAGCCUUAAAGAGUCAACUGGUCAACUGGGAGAUUACUCCCAGUUGACUCUUUAUUUAUAUAAUACUUUACGUAUACUGUUGCUAGUAGCUGCGCUAUAUUUAAUACUGGGAAUUUAUUUAAGAAGAAGAAGCCUUACUAAAAUUUUAAAUAAACUUCCUGGUCUUAAACUAAAAUUUUAUUGGAUUUUUGGUCAUAUUCAUUUAGUUUUGGCUUGGAGAUUUCGAAAAAGUCAAGUAUCGCCACACGUAUAUGACUUUCUCUUUAUAAAUGGCUACAUGCAAAUUUUUAUAAAGGAAAAUGUGACAAAUAUUUGGCAGUUCUACAUUCCUUUCAUAACAGUCUACAAGGCGGAUUCUGUGGAAAUGAUACUGAAUCAUAGCACCCAGCUGAAGAAAGCUUGGUUUUAUGAUUUGUUACAUCCUUGGCUGGGCUUAGGUUUAUUAACCAGUUACGACACAAAAUGGAAAAGUCGACGAAAGAUGUUGACGCCAGCUUUUCACUUUAAUAUUCUGCAUGAUUUCUUGCCAGUGAUGAACAAAGAGUCAAACAUUUUGGUAGAGGUUCUAAGAAAGCACACAACCGAAAAAUAUGUGGAAAUAGUUCCUAUCAUUACUAAGUGCAGUCUUGAUAUAAUAUGCGGAACUAUUCUGGGAGCUGAAAUAUGCGCUCAGACUGACGAAAACUGUCCGUAUCUCAAUGCUCUCACAAAGCUAUCAAGCGCUGCGUUUGAAAGAAUGCAAAGGCCUUGGUUGUGGCGUUAUUUUAUUUUCCAAAUGACUCCUAUCGGAAGAAGUUUUAGCCAGAAUCUCAGAACUCUGCAGGAUUUCACUAAUGCAGUAAUCGCUGAAAAGAAGAAAGAAAAAUUGGAAAAGAAAAGAAAAGGUGAGACAUCUGUUAAAGAAGAAGAUGCAGAUGCUUGUCAUAAACUCAAGAAGAGAGCGCUUUUAGAUCUUUUGCUCGAUGAACAUAUAAAUAACAAUUCUAUUACUGAAACAGAAAUAAGAGAAGAAGUAGAUACUUUCACGUUCGAGGGUCAUGACACAACGUCGAUCGCAAUAUGCUGGUCCUUGUAUAUGAUUGGUUUACACCCAUGGGUUCAAGACAAAGUACACGAGGAAUUGGACUCGAUCUUCUGUGAAAGCAACCGAGAUGUGACGAUAGACGAUAUAAAAGAUAUGAAGUAUCUGGAAUGUGUGGUCAAGGAAACGAUGAGAUUAUAUCCUUCAGUUCCUGCAGUUGCACGGGAAAUAACAGAAGACUUAGAAUUUCAGGGUAAGAUCCUUCCUAAAGGAGCCACAUGCGUGGUGUUUACGUACUUUCUCCACCGCGAUCCAGAAGUUUUUCCAAAUCCAGAGAAGUUCGAUCCAAACCGAUUCUUGCCGGAAAACUCUGCUGGAAGGCAUCCAUUUGCUUACGUACCUUUCUCUGCUGGUCCCAGAAACUGUAUAGGCCAGCGUUUUGCUAUGAUGGAAAUAAAGACAGUGCUUUCAUUUAUUCUGAGGAAUUACCGAGUGCGGUCCUUAGAUCCUAGAGACAAGAUCCUUGUGGCAGAUGAAAUAAUCCUAAGACCCAAGAAUGGUCUGAGAAUCGAAAUUAAACCUCGGAGUGAAAGUGCCGCUAGUCAUCCAGUUUACUACUAUCCAUGACUCCAAAUACGUUUGCUGAAAAUCUCUUCUGUUUUGAAUAGCGAAAGUGCACAAAUUUGAAGCUCUUAUAAAGAAAACAUUUACCAUUAUAUAUAUAUAUAUAUAUAUAUAUAAUACGUUUAAGACGGUUAAAGGUUCUUCAGUAACUUUAUCUUAAAUGUAGAAAAUUGAGCUUCAUAUAAGAGUGAAUAGUGUUCAGAUAAUCUAACAAGUUUACGUAUUUCAAUAUGCCCAAAAUUUGUUGUUCUUCGUUUUCAUUUGAAAUUAUCUAAAAUUUUAAAUUAUAUCUUUGAUGUUUUAAUCAGAAAAUUUUAUCUUUCUAAAUUUUCAUUUUUCUUUCAAUUUUGUCUUGAAAUUUGCUGUUUUAUCAAAACUUCUUUAUUUAACAUUUUAUUUUCAAGUUUCAGGUUAUAAAUGUAUCUUACGAAAUAAACUUUAUUAUCUUACACCAGUGAA